AUGCCCAUCAAGCUCCCCAAGGGCUUUGCCCGGAGAAAGUCCUCGGGCAAUGUCUUGGAAGAUGUAGAUGGUCAAUCCCAGUCGACCUUCCGAGUCUUUGAGCGACCGGGCGCUACUCCACGAUCAAUGACCGACGACGCCCUCACCAAACGGAUGAGCGAAGGGAAUGCCAUCGCGGAGGACCCGGACAACAUCUUCGCGGGAGCCGAACAUCCCAUGAACCACACGCGGUAUGCCCGUCCCCGGACCGUGGAAUCCCUCAAGGACCGACUGACCGGGCGCCGGAACAGUGGUCCCAAUUACGAAAGCUCGACAUCUACCCGCCAGAGUACCUCGUCCACCGUGCCAUCAUCCACCGAGAUCCCAUCGUCCGACGGCUCCUCGUCUCCCCAUACCAGGAUUCACGACGUUCCCGCUCCGCCUCCUCUCGCAGGUGCUCUUCGAGCCGCUGGCCGCACCUUUUCCUUCGGCGGCCGGUUCAGCAGAAGCUCGGCCAAUCCCGGUUCCCCACGACAUGGUAAACAUGACGUGCCACCAGAGAUGCCCAAGCCCCGCGCCUACAGUGGUAGCACAGACGAUACCGCCACACCACCAAGGCUACCGGAUGCUCAACUGAACUUUGACCUGGCCUCCGGCGGGGACGACUUUGGGAAGAUGUUUGAUCAUUUGGGACAAGGGCAGAAUGCCUCGAUGCGCGACCCUUCUCCACAGGCAACCUCACCGUAUUCAUCAUCCCCACCGAAGCAAUCUGCGCCCGACUUCCAGGAAGGCAGAGCUGGCCGACCGGCCCCCAUCAAAACAGAUCGGACGGCGCAGGUGGAACCCUCGCAGUACUCCUGGGAUAGUCGACACUCGGGAGAUAAUCUGUUGCACAGCCCGAACCACGACGUCACUCCCCCGGUCCCUAAUGGUGCUCGUAGGCCUUCCCCGUCGCCUGCUCAGAUGCUGGGCGCGACCACCUCACACCGUGCUUUGGCGAGGACGGAUCGACAGCCGUCGGAUGGGCUGCGACGAAGUGGCUACUAUCCGGCGGAACAAGAGACCAGUGCUGUCGAGGAUGAUGACGCCAAGAUGGUCUUGUCGUCCAUGCCAUGGGCGAAAGGGACGUCUCAGUGGGAGGAUGCCACUCCCUCCCCGUCCGGGGAAACACCACUACUGGACAAAGGCAAAUCAACGAGCCCUGGGGCGGGACCGUUGAGUCCCAACAUUGACGACAACAUGUUCGCAGCCCGAUACUCACCCGCUCCGAAGAAGAACGAGCUGGAUGAUGUCCGUCUGGCUGUGCAGUUUGCCGACAAUUACCCUAAACAAUCGACGUCUCCCGGCAACAAGGUUAUGACUCCGUCCCAAUUCGAGCAUUACCGCCAGCAACAGGAACUACGACGCUCCAACAGCAACGCGACACGCAGCGAGGAUGAAUCUGAGCAAGAAGAAGAAUUCGAUGACGAGGAGGAUGAACGCGAGAAGCAGCGCGCAGCCGAGCGACAACGCCGGAAACAGGAGGCUCACUUGUCACUCUAUCGGCAGCAGAUGCAAAAGGUGACUGGGCAGCAAAGUCCGUCUCCUCUUCUCCGCCCCGAGACAUCGAGCGCCAGCAAUAGCACCCCUAACCUUCACCUGCGCCCUUCCAUUCCAGGUGAAAAGUCCUCCAGUGGCAAGAGCAGCAACGAGGAGGAGGAUGAGGAGGUUCCACUAGGUAUUCUCGCCGCCCAUGGUUUUCCCAAUCGCAAUCGCCCUCCCACCCGUCUGGCAAAUGCCAGCUCUCAUCCUAACCUCCGCGCGUCUAUGCAUCCGUUCGCCUCGUCGUCGAGCUCUCUGGCCGGUGCCGAUGCUGGUCACCGCGGUAGCCUGCCAGUCUUUGCUCGAAAUCUUCCUCAAGAUCCCUACUUUGGUUCUCGCAUUGUCAACCCCACCAACCGCGAGCCUUUGGCUUUGGGUGGUGGUGCCAGUUCGGUGUAUGGAGGUCCUCCAUCUCCUGCACCCCAUCCCCCGGGUGGUCUAGUUGGUGUCAUUGCUCAUGAGGAGCGUAGCAGGGCCGCUCGAAGGGCGGGUGGGGGCGGCGGAAGCCCCAAUCCCUUGGCCAUGUAUGAGCAGAUGCAGAUUGGCAUGGGCAGCCCGCACGGUGUACCUCGUCCCUACACGAUGAUGGGUCAACCAGCCCCCGUGACUCCUAGCGAGCAGGCCUCAAUCAACCUUUCGAACCAAAUGCAGAAUAUGGUCCAGAUGCAGAUGCAGUGGAUGGGCCAGAUGAUGCAGAUGCAAGGUAUGCAAGGCAUGCAAGGUAUGCCAGGCAUGGGUGGUGCUCCGAUGAUGAUGCCCGGUGCUAUGCCACCUCCGAUGAUGGGGAGCAUGCCCAUGCAGGGUACCCCCAUGGGUCCUCCUAUGGUGCCCGGUCGUCCGAUGAGCAGUGCUCAGUCCACAGCGAAUCUCAACCACUUGAGACCCAUGUCCAUGCAGGGACAGGGAGCGCCUAUGGGUUAUGACCAGCAGCGAACUAUGAGCAUGGUCGAUCCCAACAUUGCAGCACGACGUGGCUCACCACUGCCGAAUCUUGCAGGCGGGCCACCUUUCCGACCUAGCACUGCCGGCUAUGCCGCGUCCAUUGCCCCGUCGGAGCGCAGCAACGCUGGUCUGGCAUCUCGAUAUCGUCCUGUGUCAGUGAUGGCAGGCGAGCCUGGCCCUGGUCCUGCUCCUCCCAGCAAGGCCUGGAAUAACGAGAACCGCCAUCACUCUCCGACCAUCCCCAUCUCACAGCCCCAAAACAAGCUGCCCAAGUCCUCUUCUCUCGCCACUGUGACUGUCCGACCUGUCUCGCGCACCAGCCAAUCUCCACCUGGUCGCAAGGCUGCGGAUCACGAGGAUGAAGAGAAUGAUGACGAGGGCUGGGCUGAGAUGAUGAAAAGGCGAGAGAAGAAGAAGAGUGGAUGGAAGCUGAAGCGAGGAACCUCUUCCAUCGGCGAUCUUCUGAGUGCCGUGCACUGA